AUGACUGGCUUGGGAGGGGCUGUUGCCUGUCAUGGGCUGGCCCGUGCUGGGGUCCCGGCGCGCCCUGACUGGCUGCCAUCAGGCGGCGGGUGGGUCGCUGGAGGUGACGAGCAGCAGCACGACACCCGUCGCCCGCUUCUCUUGGUGCCCCCACCUCCACUUUCCCUCUUUCUGUGCCGGCCCAGAAGCUGGAGCGUGCUAGUCCAGACUGCCCCUUCUCCAUCUCGCCAACCUACCUGCCUCUCGCCAGCUUCGAUUUCCCGGGCAGUGUCGCUCAAGGCCACCCACCCGUACGGCAACCUCCUCGUGCUCCUGCCUCGCUCGGUCUUGCCCAUCCGUCCCGUCGACGAGGCUGUUACCACCGAGCCACGCUGA